AUGGAACAUGACAUAGUAUCAAUUGAGAGGCUACGAAAAGAGCUACACGACUACAUCAAUGGCGUUUCGCGGGAACAAUUUGUUCGACAAAAAGAAACUCUUCCAACACCUGCUGAACUUUUCAAAAUGCGAUGUGAUGAUGUGGGUGUCAUUCCCAGUAUCACGCAGAACGAAUACGCAAUGGACAUUGAGCUGCCUCAAUGGAUACAUGAACACGAAGCUAUGCAGGAAGUGAUCAAAGAGGUCACCCGUCUUACUAUUUUGAUCAAUGACAUCCUCUCUUUGCAAAAAGAAUUCCGGGUCGGCCAACUUGAGAAUAUGGUAAUACUUUACAUGUACCAUGAAGGCCUCACCCUUGAGGAAGCCCUUGAUGUAAUGCUUGAACUAAUUCGCAAGCACUACGAUCUCUGUACGGCUGCAGAGCAACAUAUACCCAAAACAGGGGAUGCAAAACUUGAUGCUGAUGUGCAAACCUAUGUUGUCGGUUGUCGUGAUUUGGCAAUUGGUACAGCUUAUUGGAGGCAAGUCAUAAUAUACUGUCUGUGA